AUGGCGACAGCAUCGCCCUCGGGCUCAGAGCAGAAGCUCCAGUCCACGCCCUCGGGCAUCCCACAAGCUCCCUUCAUCGAGGACGUUGAGUCGCACCUCGGCGGACCAGAUGUGCCCGUACAGGCCACUCUGCAGAAGUUCCAAGAGGCGCUUCAGAAGUACAAGAUCAUGGAGUCGUCAACCUUUUCACGGUCCAAGAGCCUGCAAGAGAAGAUCCCUGACAUUGAGAAGACACUGGCCAUGGUCGAGCAUUUAAAGGAGCUGAGAGAGGAGGGAAAGGGGAUGGAGACGAGGUUCGAGCUGCACGAUACCCUCUACGCUUCUGCGGAAAUUGAGCCUGUGGAUGAGGUGAAUCUUUGGCUAGGGGCAAACGUCAUGCUCUCCUACCCAUUGGAAGAAGCCAUCACACUUCUUUCCUCGAAGCUCAGUACAGCGCAAAAAUCACUCAAAUCGGCAGACUCGGACCUGGACUUCUUGAGGGAUCAAAUCACCACAAUGGAGGUCAAUAUUGCCAGGACACACAAUUGGGACGUCAGGCGGAGGAGAGAAGGGUGA